GCCUAUCGUGCUGGUAGCUGAUGGUAUAAGAUAGUUGUUUUUAAAUAAAGUGACAAGUUAUUAAAAAAAAUAUAUAUAUUUAUUAAAAAAUCUCACAAAUUUGUUUUCAAGAUGUAUUUACCAUACACACAACUGCCCGAUCCAACAAACAAAUUCGAGAUCUAUGAAGAAAUUGCACAGGGCGUCAACGCAAAAGUAUUUCGGGCAAAAGAGUUAGAUAAUGAUCGAAUGGUAGCGUUAAAAAUUCAGCACUAUGAUGAGGAACACCAAAUAUCGAUUGAAGAAGAGUAUCGUACUUUACGCGAUCACUGCAAUCAUCCAAAUCUUCCCGAGUUUUAUGGCGUCUACAAGCUUGAAAAAUCAAAUGCACCUGAUGAAAUAUGGUUUGUUCUAGAGUAUUGCAGUGGGGGUACAGCCGUGGAUAUGGUCAACAAAUUGAUAAAAUUAGAACGGCGAAUGCGUGAGGAGCAUAUUGCCUACAUUAUUCGCGAGAUAUGUCGUGGCGCUAUUGAGCUAAAUAGAAAUCACGUCAUACAUAGGGAUAUUAGAGGUGAUAAUAUACUUCUUACCAAAGAUGCACGAGUCAAGCUAUGUGAUUUCGGUUUGUCACGUGAAGUUGAUUCAACAUUUGGAAAACGUGGAACAUGCAUAGGAUCACCAUGUUGGAUGGCUCCGGAAGUUGUGACUGCAAUGAGUGCAAAGGGCGCUGAGAUUUCCUCCCGAGCAGAUGUCUGGGCGCUAGGCAUAACCACAAUUGAGUUAGCGGAUGGCCAACCACCUUUUGCCGACAUGCACCCCACCAGAGUUAUGUUUCAAAUAGUUCGUAACCCUCCGCCGACUUUAUUACGGCCAACUAAUUGGUCACAACAAAUCAAUGAUUUUGUAUCGGAGUGUUUGGAGAAAAAUGUUGAGAAUAGGCCUAUGAUGGUUGAAAUGAUUGAGCAUCCAUUUCUGAACGAAUUAUUUGACAAUGAAGAAGAAAUGCAAGCAGAUCUUCGCGAACUAUUAGUUUUUUGUAGAGAUGCUCCACCUAUAUACAAAGAACUUGAAAUAUUUGUUGACAGGGGUUAUAUAAAACGAUUCGAUGGAAAACCGGAACGUAUGUACCCAGAAGACUUGGCUGCGAUUGAAAAUCCAACAGACGAAAUGAUUUUAGAAUCACUUCGAAGCCGUAUGGAGCUCGGUGGGUCUUACAGUUUUAUCGGAGACGUUUUAUUAUCACUAAAUUCAAACGAUUUGCAAACAGACUUUGACGAAGAGUUCCACAGUAAAUAUAAGUUUAAGUCGCGUUCGCAAAACUCUCCCCACAUUUUCGCAGUUGCUGAUAUUGCUUAUCAAGAUAUGCUACACCACAAAGAACCACAGCACGUUGUAUUUUCAGGAGAGAGCUUUUCUGGUAAAUCAACCAACGUGCGUCUGCUCAUAAAUCAUUUAUGUUACCUCGGAGCUGGUAAUCGGGGUGCAACAUUAAGAGUUGAAAAUUCAAUCGAAGCAAUUCAAAUGUUGGUAAACGCAGGUACACCUAUUAACAAUGAGUCCACACGGUGUGUGUUGCAGUACUUCCUGACCUUUGGUCAGACAGGAAAACUGAGUGGUGCCGUGUUUAAUAUGUAUAUGUUAGAGAAACUUCGAGUUUCCACUACGGACAUGAACCAGCACAACUUUCAUAUCUUUUACUACUUCUACGAUUUUAUGAAUAGUGAGAGUCUACUAAAAGAGUAUCAUUUAAAAAGUGAGCGUGGAUAUCGAUAUCUACGUAUUCCAGCCGAAAUGCAACCAACUAAAUUGAAGUACCAUCGCGAUGAUCCCAUUAACAAUGUUGAACAUUACAAACGCUUCGAGUGCAUUUUGCAAGAUCUUGACUUUAAUCACAAACAACUAGAAACAUUACGCAAGGUUCUUGCUGCUAUUUUAAAUAUUGGCAACAUUCGAUUUCGAUCUUCUGGUAAAUAUGCAGAAGUGGAAAAUACAGAAAUGGUUACUCACAUAGCAGAAUUAUUGCGAGUAGACGAGAAAAAAUACAUGUGGUCAUUAACAAAUUUUAUUAUGGUUAAAGGCGGCAUAGCAGAGAGACGUCAAUACAGUACUGAAGAAGCGCGUGAUGCCAGGGAUGCUGUGGCAUCGACAAUAUAUUGUCGACUCGUCGAUUGGAUAAUUAAUAAGAUAAAUAUGAAUUUAUCAUUUCCUCGUGCUGUCUUUGGUGACACUAACGCCGUAGUUGUGCAUGAUAUGUUCGGAUUUGAAUGUUUUCAUAGAAACGGUUUAGAACAGCUGAUGAUAAAUACUUUGAAUGAGCAAAUGCAAUACCAUUAUAAUCAACGAAUUUUUGUAAAUGAAAUGCUCGAAAUG